AUGGAUGCUAUUGACAGUGAUAAGGGUGAUUCGAACUCCGAUUCAUCGUCUCAACCAUCUCCUAAUGGAAUGUCGAUAUCUUCGGUUGUGAGCUCGAAAGCAGGUGGUUACGUUCAAUCAAACACGCCAACACGCAUACCACGUCAGGGUCAAGAUAUGUCAAAACAGUCCACUGAGAGCCACUCGGAACUAGACAUCAAAAGUCCGAGUUCCAUGAAAAUCCCGCAGUUAGAUUGGACGCUUACACCCUGGCGAAAACAAGUUUCAGAAGCCGCAUUAGCGAAAACGCGAACAUUUUCAGCAGCGGGUGUGAUCGAAAACCCGUCCGAGAUCCGAAACUCCUGUAGCUCACAGCUUGCCGAAUGGCCAGUUGCCGAACCCUUUGAGCAAGGUUCGCCCACUGGGUCAAGACCCAUUACCAGAAACUCACUCUUUUCUGACGAAGUACUUUCAAGCGCAGCGGCAACUGCCUCGGUCUCCACGUCGGCUGAAAUCGAGCAUCUGCACAAACAGUUAACCAAUUAUAAGUUAAGGUUGCGUGUUUUGACAGAAUAUGUGAGAGAGAUGGACUACGACAGCGAGAAAGUACCAGAAAAUACCACCGGCCUGGAAUCCAGGCGACAUGCGCUCGAUAAGUUUAUUGGAAGUCUCGAGGAGCAAUAUAAGCCAACUGAUGCUUCGCCGAAUGUAAUGGCUUUGCAGACCACGAUUGAAGAUAAGAACAAAGAGAUCAUCGCGUUAAAACAGGAACUCAUUUCGACUAAAAACGAGUAUACAGCUGUUUUAGAGGACAUUAACUCAUACUUGGAGCAUUCGGACGUUAUUGCAGCCAAUAUUGAUGAAAUGUUAGAACGAUUCAUCCAAAACCGUGAAAUUACGAAAGCUGAAAAGGAUGCCCUUGAAAGUGCCCGAAACUUGUCUCCAAAUUUUUUGGACGUAAAGAUCAACGCGCUGAGCAUCAACGUUGAGAACGUUUUGACAGAAUUGGUGCACUUCAGUCAAUCUCAACUCGAAAUCAACGGAGAUAGCUCAAUAGCCAAUCAUUCUCAGUUAAUGGACAGUCGACUUGAAAAUGCCAUCGAAGACAUGCAUUAUGAGUAUCGGACGUUUCUCACAGGAGUUGGAUCAGAUUUAGAAAAGGGCUCGCACCUCCAAGAUGUGCUAGAAAGAAAGAUAAGGACUCAGAACGAUCUUUUAGCAGAAAUGAUGCAGCUAUCUCAAACUAUUCACACCGAAAUAUCUUCAAUCAAACCCCCCUCUCCCAGUGACAUAACCGAAGAUGAGCCGAUUCUCCAGGAUAUAAAUAAUGAAGAACAGGAGUUGAGUCAGAAUGCAAAGCCAGAAGUUUCAUCACCUACGAUUGAAGCAACGGACACAAGUGUCUCGAGAGUCUCCCAAGACAUUGAUUCGCAACAAUCAAGCCCUGUUAGUCAUAAGGGAAUGCAACAUUCAAUAAGCAACAUUACAGACUCUCCAAAGAGUGGCGAUCCCCUGUCUUGCGACAGAGAACUUCAAUCGAGUUCUAAUGCCGAAAGAAAGAACUUGUGGGAUCAAAUAGAAGCACUGAAAAGCGCAAACGCUAACUUACAAAAGGAAAUGGAAAUCCUACAAGCUGAAAAAUCCGAUGUGGACAUUGAGGCCGAAAACAACCUUAUUGAGCUUGAAAAGGCCCUAAAAAGGGCAGUAAGAAAUUCUGGCAUAUUUGUCAAUGAGAAUCAGCGACUUGAAGACCAUGUUAAAAAACUUGAGACAACCAUACGAUCUAUUGAACAACAAAAAACUGACCUUUUCGAGAAAUUGAGAAUAAGCCAAGAAAACGGAUCAAAUUCUAAGAAGACAGAACAAAAUUUCCAAAAGCUCAAAAGACACUUGUUGUUGCACUUGCAUAAGAUAUUUGACACGUUCAAUAAAAUUCUUCAGGAAAGCUCAAUUGAUCAGGCGAAGAAUAAACUUUCCAACUUAGAGCAUGUCACACUGCCUAAAGAUUUCAAAUUGAUGCAUUCGAAAUUGGAAUCUCUUUACGUUUUCAUCGAGGCCGCCACAGACUCCAUAGUCGAGGAACACGCAGCAAUGCUUCUGGAUGAGAAGGACAGAGGAGGCGAAAGAAGUGAUGUUAAGACUCUUAAAUUGCGUAUCGAAUCGUUGGAACACAAAUGGAUUGCUGAAAGGGAGCGCCGGAGAUUAGAUUCUGAGGCGGCAGAGGAUCGAAUUUUCCGUCUGGAAAAGGAAAAUCAAAUUUUACGAGAGCGGUUCAAUAACAUCUCUCUAUGA